UCAGCUUCUUCAGUAUCAAUCUUACAAUCGAUUGCAAAGUUCAUCAAAGAUGUUCCCGAGAGCAAUCUUCAUCUGUCUGGCGGCCCUCGCUGCCACCACAGUUUACGGCCAACGUGAAGCCUCACUUGCAGUGAUCGAAACGAUGAAGUCCCUCCAGCCGCUGUACAAAGACCUGCAGGAUCACGUGGUCAACCAGCUGACCGGCGUCAAACUGAAGGGUUCCGAGCUGAUCUCCCUGCUGCACGAGGACGUCGUCGACACGAAGGAAAAGUUCGUCCUGGCCGCAGUCAACGAGGAGGGUCAGGUUCUGGACAUUAUCUCCGCCCAACCGGAAACCGUAAAUCCAGCCUGUCUGGCGUUUGUCCGAUCGAGUGCCGAUUUGAACGUGAAUUUGGCGGGUAUUUCGUACACCAACUGUAUCAAACAGGUCGACGAGUCGUUCAACGAGACGCUGUACAGCUUCUACGGGUCACUUCAGGACGGGGAGUCGCUGCUGACGGUGGCCAGGCUGUUUGACAUGUUUGAGGGGGAGAACAUUUUCCACGAUCCGGAAAGUUUGAUCGAGAAGCUGAAAGCUAGGCGAGAAGAGCUGUCGCGCGAUCCGGUUGAUUUUGACGAUGAACUGGCUGAACACGUGGAGGGAUUUGGGGAGGACUUGGAGGCACUGAAGGAACGAUACGAAGAGUGUCUGGACGAGGGGGUCGGCUUGUUGAACAUGGCUUUGAACAUGGUACGCACUCAGAUUGUGCAGAUUUGUCUGGGGCAGCUGGAACCUACAGCGGAGGAGCCAAACGAGGAUGAAUAGAUGUUAAAUGUUUGAAGUAUUGUUAUUUUUAUCAUGAGUAGAAUAAAAUUAGCUGUUUAUCUCCAUAAAGGGCAUAAAAA